AUAAAAUUCUUUUCAUUUACAGUUUGAAAUUUAAAUCGAAGGUUUGUGUUUGAUGCAUAGACUGUAUAAAAAUAUAAGUUUGUUGUCUUUAGAAGUGCGUUUUGUUUUUGACCUUUGUCACUCUCCGUAUGAAUAUAAACUUUCUGUCGCGCUUGCGCACUAGUAGCUACGAGCUGGUUUCGUAGCUAAUUCGGCUAACCGCUAACAGGUUCGGUCCGCCGCUGUUAACGGUCCGGUCCGUCACCUCAGACCCGGUGCAGGUCGGUAACACGGUGCCGGUUCUGUCCAGGUUCUGACCCGGAACCUGCGCUGACUGCCUGUAGAGGCGACAGUUAGGUCGCUGUUAGCAUAUGCGGCUAACUCCAGCAGCAGAGAAUCAAAACAAACCCGGCUAACUGAAGCUAACAGAGGCUAACGCUGGACAACAUGGCGACAGAGGAGAAGAAACCAGAGACAGAAAACAUCAAACAGUCCUCUUCCUCCUCAGGAUCCGGCAGCAAGUCUAACCCGGCGAAACCAAACUACACAGUGAAGUUCACGUUAGCUGGACACACAAAGGCCGUCUCUUCUGUCAAGUUCAGCCCUAACGGAGAGUGGCUGGCCAGCUCCUCUGCUGAUAAGCUGAUAAAGAUUUGGGGGGCGUACGACGGCAAGUUUGAGAAAUCCAUCGUCGGACACAAACUGGGCAUCUCUGAUGUCUCCUGGUCUUCAGACUCCAACCUGCUGGUUUCUGCUUCCGACGACAAAACACUCAAGAUCUGGGACAACAAUUCUGGGAAGUGUCUGAAGACUCUGAAGGGUCACAGUAACUAUGUGUUCUGCUGUAACUUCAACCCUCAGUCCAACCUGGUGGUGUCAGGAUCGUUUGAUGAGAGCGUUCGUAUCUGGGAUGUGAAGACGGGGAAAUGUCUGAAGACUCUGCCUGCGCACUCUGACCCCGUCUCCGCUGUUCACUUCAACAGAGACGGUUCGCUCAUCGUCUCCAGCAGCUACGACGGCCUCUGUCGUAUCUGGGACACAGCGUCAGGACAGUGUCUGAAGACUCUGAUUGAUGACGACAAUCCUCCCGUCUCUUUUGUCAAGUUUUCUCCCAACGGCAAAUACAUCCUGGCUGCUACGCUGGACAACACACUGAAGCUCUGGGACUACAGCAAAGGAAAGUGUCUGAAGACGUACACCGGCCACAAGAACGAGAAGUACUGCAUCUUCGCCAACUUCUCCGUCACAGGAGGGAAGUGGAUCGUGUCCGGCUCUGAGGACAGCAUGGUUUACAUCUGGAACCUUCAGACCAAAGAGAUCGUUCAGAAACUACAAGGACACACAGACGUGGUCAUCUCCACAGCCUGUCAUCCAACAGAAAACAUCAUCGCCUCCGCCGCUCUGGAAAACGACAAGACCAUCAAACUGUGGAAGAGUGACUGUUAGUCUGAAGGAGAUCCACAGAACCAGAACCAGGACCAGGACCAGGACCAGGACCAGGACCAGGACCGUCCUGGUUUAAGUCUAAUCAGAAUCUCAGAUCAUCACAGAUUUCCACAUCAACACAGUCGACCGCUGCUGAUCAGAGAACCAGAACCUCUUUGAUCUCAUUCGUCUGAUGUAAACCAACCCAGAACCAGAACCCAGUCAGACCAGGUCCCACUGUGUCCCAGUUUCAGACCAAAAACCACUUCAGAGUCUGUUUACACUGUUAAAAAAAAAAAAAUCAAGUUGAUCAAAUCAUGCAGGUUAAAAUCUUGAAGUUUUGUUUUUCCACAACGCUGCUAAAAAAAAAAAAAAAAAAAAGUAAAACUGACCAAAAAAUGUUCAAACGAGCGUAAAAACAUUUAACGGACGAGUUUCAAUGUUUUCUAACUCUGAGCUUAUUAAAUAUAUUUUUCACAAUCA